AUGAAUAAUGGAAAGUCACCAGGAAAUUAUGGACGUGGUAGUCCAGCAAAAGAUAUCUUUCAAAAUAUGUCAAAUUCAUUUUCAUGUCCUUUGCCACCAUCCAUUAAUAAUAAUGAUAAUUUAAAUGUAGCUAGUGGACGUGCUGCUCAAGUUCUACGUCAAAUAAAACAAUCAUCAUCAUCGAGUGCAACGAGAGAACUUAAUGAAAAUCAAAUAUUAAUUCGAUGUGCAGUAACACCAUGGUAUAAAUAUAUCAUUGAAUUUCAACCGAUAAUAUCAAGUCGAACAAGUCGUUUUACUAUGAUUAAUCAUUUAUCAAAAUUUGUUGGUACAUCAUAUAAAUUAUAUGAUGGUCAAUUUCUUUAUGUACCUUAUCAAUUAUCAAAAGAAUUUUUUCUUUUUAAUAAUACAACAUUAAAUACUCCAAAUGAAGUACGUAUUCGAUUUAUUGAUACAAUUAAUAUUGAACAAAUUCCAAUUGAUUUAAUUAAUAUUUUAUUUCGAUUAGCAAUUGAUCAUGGUCGAGAAUCUAUUAUAAAUUCAAUAAAUCGAAAUAUUUAUCGUCAAAAAGUACGUUAUUGGAAUGGUAGAAUUGUAGAUAUUGAACGUAAAGAAGAUGGUUUAUUACUAACAAUUGAUUUUAUACAAAAAUCAACAACAACAACAUGUUAUGAAGAAUUAGAACGUUUUUAUAUGUCAACAUCAGGUGAUGAUUAUCAAGAAUCAGCGAGAAAAGAAUUAGUUAAUAAACUUGUUCUUACAAGAUAUGAUAAUCGAACACAACGUAUUGAUAAUAUUGAUUUUAAUUUAACACCAGCUACAUUUCUAUUAAAUGAUGAUUCACAAACAACAUUAGUUGAUUAUUAUUUGAAUAAAUUUGAUAUCGUAAUUAAAGAUCCUCAUCAACCAUUAAUUGUCUAUUGUCCUCGACGACCUGGUGAACAUACAAAUAUCGAAGCAAAUUAUCUUGUACCAGAAUUAUGUUAUUUAACUGGUUUAUCCGAUCGAGCCCAUCGAGAUGCUCGAGCACGAAAAAUAAAUAAUUUCAUUCCAUUAGAUUCAGCUGGACGUCAAGCUGAACUCUCUUAUUUUGACGAUAUGUGUCGACGAAAUGCAGCAUCAGUUAAAUAUUUUGCUUCAUGGGGUAUAGAUAUUGUAGCAAAUAUUGUACCAAUACAAUCAUCCAUAAAUGAAUCACAUCGAAAAAUUUCGGUCAACGAUUCCUUAUCCGAUGAUGAUGAUAUUGAACAAAAAGAUAUGCAAGAUAAUGAUCAUUCCUAUGGACAUUUUGUUAAUCCGAUUGAAUUGACUUCGUGGCUUUUAAUCUAUCCUAAAGUUGAUGAAGAUCGAGCAUUUAUUUAUGUCAAUAUGCUUCGACAAGUAGGACAACAGCAAGGAAUGCUUAUUAAUGAACCUAUUCAUAUACAAAUGGAUGAUGAUGAAACUGAAACUUAUGGAAAUGUUCUUCGAAAUAAUCUUAAUGAACAAAUACAACUUGUAUCAAUUAUUGUUAGAUCACGUCGAAUUGAUCGUUAUAAUACAAUAAAACGUAUUUGUUGUAUUGAAAUUCCAACUCCAUCUGAAAUUGUUCUAAGAAGUACAAUUGCUGAUGAUGAUAUUCUACCAGGUGUGGCAUUUAAUAUUGCUCGAAAUAUUAAUUUUAAACUUGGUGGACAAAUUCGAUCAAUUAAUAUGACUUUAUUAAAUACAAUGAUAAUUGGAAUAGGUACUUGGACAUCAUUAAGUGUAAAUUAUAAAUCACCAGAUCAUCUUGAUUAUGUUUUAUCUAUUGUUGGUUCAAUAAAUUAUAAUAUGACAGAAUAUUUUAGUCAUGCAAAAUCAUAUAAAAAUGAACAUGAUCUUCGAUCUGAUAUUGGAAUUUUUGUUCGACUAGCAAUCAAUGCUUAUUAUGAAGAAAAUAAAAUUUAUCCAACAACAAUUAUUAUUGGACGAAAUGUUUUUUCAUCAGUUGAUGAUUUAACUUCUAUUAAAGAAAAUGAAAUACAAUUAAUUCUCGAUACAAUUACAGAUGAACAUAUUAUGGGAGAUUAUAAACCACGAUUAAUUAUAUUUACAUUUAUGAAACAAAUGAUUUAUGAUUUCUAUAAUUAUGUUCAGCCGAAAAAAAUUGCAAAUGUCGAUUGUUUAGUUGCAAAAGAUUCACCAAGUUAUUGUUUUUAUUUAUCAUCACAUCGUGAUCGUAGUUCAACAUUACAAGCCCGUCAAUUUCUUGUUCUAUUUGAUAAUACAGAUUUAUCUGCCCAAAAAAUUCAACGACUGAUACUUUAUUUAACAUUAUACAUUCCACAACGAAAUCAAUUUUUUUUCCCAUCCAUUUGUCGAUUUGCUCAACGUCUUUCGUCAUUAGUUGGUGAAACUCUUGGUGCUCCACCUAAUUUCAGAUAUGUUAUUUUUCUUUUUCUUGGUGGUUUUGGAUCGUUAUUACGUUCAUUUGGAAAACAAAUUCUUAUAUCAAAAAAUAAAGAAGCUUGCCGGGAUUUAACUGGGCGACGAAUGAGAGAUGUAAACAAUGAAAAAAAACUUCAAGAAUGGAUGCAAAAACAAUUAGAAAAAUCUGCUUCAUCAUCAACUGAUCAAAAAAAUAAAGCAUCUCAAGGACAGGAAGAGAAAACUGAUUAUCGCAAUGUUCCACCUCCACAUAAAUUUUCUGAUACAGCUUAUGAUGAACAAAAGAAACAAAUUGCUGACAAUAUUGAUGAAGCUGUUCAAAUCGCUGCAGAAAAACUGACAAAAAAGAAAAAAUCAACUACAGCAGUCAGUACUCGUGAUGACGACAAUGAUGAUGAUGAAAAAGAAAUAAUAUCGAAAAAACGUCAUCAUUCAGAUGAUACACUUGAAGAUGGAGAACUUAAAAAUAAGAAAACAAAAAAAGAAUCGGGUGCUACUGGCGCUUUUUUCUUAGGUAUUGAUGUUGGUGAUGUAUCAAGUGAUGAUGAUGAUGAAGAAGAAAUUCAAGCCAAAAAUGCCAAGAAAAAGAAAUCAAUUAAAAAAGCAUAA